AGGUAACAAUUCGAAAAAGAAACCAACCUGGUCACACUCGGCCCACUUUCGUUCUUAUGUUUAUGCUUACAUUAAUUGAACCGCACAGGUGUUUUCACAAUUAAAUACCAGUCUGCGUACUGGAAAUUCAAUAAUUGUAUUCACCUCUGCUUGUUUCUCUCGAGAAGGAAAUCAUGGAAGACUGUAUGAAAAGACCGCAUUUCUCAGCGGAUGAGGAACAGGAGCUACUCAGAUUAGCCGAAGAGAACAGAAGCAUCCUGGAAAAUAAGCAGUCGGAGCCGAUAAUGUUGAAACUAAAGGAGCAGACGUGGGAGAACAUAGCAGUCACCUUCUACAGUAACACAGGGAUUAAACGCAGUGCCCACAGCUUGCGAGUCAAGUACGAUUUGCUCAAAAAAUCCAAAGCUGCUCUUAGGUCUUCUAAAAGAUGCCCUCCGCAACCAAAACGAAGCUCAUCAGACGUGAUACAAAUAGUUAAUGGGUGUCAGAAUGGAGAAAUGAACAAAAGUAAUGAUAGCAUCCAAAUGGAUUCGCCCAAAAGGGCGCGAGUGGACACUAUUAAUUUGGUUCCGCCCGAACAACUAUUAGGUCUUAAUCCACACAUUGUGCAAAGCAAUCCAAUUAAAGACAAUGGGCAGAGCCAACCAAAUCCUGAUGGAGCUACCAAUGCACUGCCGAUUAUAGCUCCUGUUUUGUACAAUAUUAAAACCAUUGAUUUAACCGAUCAACUCCAACACGAAAAAUUAUUAUUAUUAAGGGCACAGAGAUUCUUUUGUGAGCAGGAAAACAUAAGAGCGCAGGAGAAGCAUACCCUGGAAAUGGAAUCCUUAAGGGCGAAACGAGAGCUGCUGUUGAUGGAAAUUUCAGAAAAGAAGCAGGGAAGGAAAUCGUAGCAAACC